AUGGACUGGAAUGCCAGCAGUACAGCCGAUUUGCUAGUGGCCUCCGGCACGACGGUCCUCUCAGCCGUAUCUUCACCUUCGCCGGUCACUCUCGGUGGCGGCAGCAGUAUGGCGAACCCGGGAACACCCGCCGGUGACGUGGCCAUAGCAACGGUCGCCCAACACUUCCACGCCGGCCUACCGUUCCCAUCGGAGCUGCUGACUUUCCUUCGGCAGACGACUACGAUAGCGGCCUCGGCCUCGUCGGCCCCAUCCUCGACCGGUGUGCCGGUGAGCGCUUCGGUGACGAACCUUUCCACCUUCCUCAGCAACAUCACACUCCGGGCACUGACGGCAUCCGCCGGUCCGGGAACGUCCAGUUCGGCCGAGUUCACCGCCAACCUGUCCCGACGCUUUCCGCAUCAUCCGUUUUUCAGUAGCUUCUACAACGACUCGGCGUUCGAGAUUUGCCCCUCGAUACAGAUGCCGGUGGGCAACGUGAUUUCGAUGAUCCUGUACGCGCUGGUGGCCAUCGUCGGGCUGUUCGGUAACACGCUCGUAAUCUACGUUGUGCUGCGCUUCUCCAAGAUGCAAACGGUCACGAAUAUGUACAUCCUUAAUUUGGCCAUCGCCGAUCAGUGCUUCCUGAUCGGGAUCCCGUUCCUUAUCACCACGAUGCACCUUGGCGAGUGGACCUUCGGGAAUGGGAUGUGCAAAGCGUACAUGGUCAGUACCUCGAUCACGCAGUUCACCUCGUCCAUCUUCCUGUUCAUCAUGUCCGCCGAUCGGUACAUCGCCGUCUGUCACCCGAUCUCGUCGCCCCGCUUCCGGACGCCUCUGGUGUCGAAGGUUGUGUCGGCGAUCGCGUGGACCGCUUCGGCCCUUAUCAUGCUCCCGGUGAUGCUGUACGCCAAUACGAUUCACCGCGAAAAGAACAAAAUGUCGUGCAACAUUAUGUGGCCAUCGGAGACUGGCGCCAACUCGGGCACGACCUUCACACUGUACUCGCUCAUCCUCGGGUUCGCCAUCCCACUGUCGCUGAUCCUGAUGUUUUACUAUCUCGUCAUCCGCAAGCUGCGAACCGUUGGGCCGAAGGCCAAAUCGAAGGAGAAGAAACGCUCGCACCGUAAAGUGACGAAGCUCGUGCUGACGGUCAUUACCGUGUACGUACUCUGCUGGCUACCGUACUGGAUCUCGCAGGUAGCCCUCAUAAACUCACCGCCGGAUAUCUGUAAGUCGCGGCUUGAAAUCACCGUGUUCGUGCUGGUUAGCUGGCUCGGGUACAGCAACUCCGCCAUGAACCCGAUCCUGUACGCGUUUCUGAGCGAUAACUUUAAGAAGAGCUUUCUGAAGGCGUGCACCUGCGCCAAGGGCAAGGAGAUCAACGCUCAGCUGCAGAUCGAGAACAGUUUCUUUCCGCGCUUCGUUCGCAACCGUGGCUCCGAGCGGGGCAACUCGACGAAGGUCCUGCCGGCGACGAACAAUCGGCAGGCGAAGGUGGUGGCCGAUCAGCAGCAGCAACAACAGCCAGGAUUGCAUCAGCAACAGCAGGAGCAGCAGCAGCAGCAGCAACUGCAGCCACCGAUCCUGGACAACAACAACAGUAGCAACGUUAACAACAACAGCGCGAAGAGUGUGGCCGGUGGUGGGUCGAACGGUAAGAACGGAAGCUACAACCUACCGUUCAGUGCGUGCUCCACCGAUCAGCCCUCCAGUGCCCGGGGCUCAUCCAUGACGGCACCAUCGACGAGUGUGACGACCAUCCAGUCGUCCUCGCACCGGCGACCAUCGGCCGACCAGCAAUCGUCGCCGGCACCGACCGUGCCCGUUUCGAGCCGGGACGGCGCCCGUCCGCCAGUGCUUCACACCGACCUGUAA